CAACACUUAAAAUUCUAAAACCUUCUUCUUCUCUAGAGUAGGACUUCAGAGUCUCUCUCUGCUUCAGUCUCUCAAACAACUUGAAAAUCUCCUGAGGCUGCAUCACCACCAUCUCCACUGAACAACACCCAUUGGAGAUGAAUCUUAUACGGGUUGGAGCAAGAUCCGUUAAUGGUGUCUUAUCUGGGGAAUGUCGUCAACCGUGGAUGAUCAGAAAUUUCUCUUCUGCUGGACAUUCAGGUAGUGUCAAUGAUGGCAACAGAAGUAGUAAUUCCUUCGAAUCGUCUGGUGAUUUUGAGCGGAGGAUUUUUAGUGGGAUUUCUGACAGUACUCAAAACACAGAUUCCUUUUACCAGAAACUUGAUAAACUUGGGCCUCGUGGCAGAUCUGGGUUUGGUGCGCGUAGUGAUUACCAGUCUAUGGAUAAUCUGGAUGAGAAUUUCAAUUCAUUGUCAGAUGGGAUGGAUGGAAAAUUGAGGAAAGCUGCCAACUAUUUCGGGUUUAAUUAUGAUGAGCUAGAGAAAGAAGACUAUGCAUAUAGACCAGACGUGAACUUCAGACCUGGGACAACGUAUGAAACAAAGGAUCUUGAUAUUAGAAGAGCAGGAGUGUGGAAACCCUUCCAAAGAGAGGAAUUCACCACUACAACGGAGGAUGUGCUUAAAUAUGCUGAUUUUCGGAAUGUGAGAUUCCUUGCCAACUUUAUUACUGAAGCUGGUAUCAUUGAGAAAAGAAGCAAGUUCAAGAUUAGUGCCAAAGCCCAGAGAAAAAUUGCAAGGGAGAUCAAGAUAUCAAGAGCUCUUGGCCUAAUGCCAUUCACUACCAUGGGGCAAGAUCCGUUUGUCCCUGGAAAAUCGAGGUUAGAGAACGAAGAUGAGGAAUACGAUUAUUAUUCUCGUCCCUCUGGUAGAGGUUUUCCCUAAGCAUAUGGUCAGGCUGAAUUUGUUGCAAUCUUUCCUAAGCCCCAUGAGAUUUUAUUUUUCAGUAUACAUUUUUGUUGUCUUAUUUAUUUUGUUCUGUAGAAAUUGUUUGUAAGAUAAAAAGUAGCAAACUCCAUGACUAACGGAGUUUAUAAAGUUUGGUGGUACCUUGCUAGUCCACCAAUUUUGAACUUAGCCUGAAAAGCACCUGUAAGUUGAUCACGUUUUACCUGGAUCACUCUUAUCUUCUUCAAGUAUUAGACAUGUCAAAUAACAAAGCUGGUAUUUUCCA